GUUGAGACUUAUUGUUUCAAUCUGAAAAGGAGCUAAUAGUCGACCAUCGCAACUCGGGAUCUGAAAUCCACGGGGUGCCCCGGGGCCAGGUCGUACAAUGGCACCCUCACUCCCUCCCCGCAGUGCGUCUUCCUGCCUCAAUCUGCGACCAACGACUCGCGCUGGGGGGAGCGCAUCUGCGCCGGUGAAUCGACCAUCCAGGGCACUUUGAAUGGCCACCGAUCAAGGAGGGAGAGUUUGUGAGAAGUUCACCUGAAAGCUCUUGGUGUUUUGUGUGUGUGUGACUUAUCCAUGGUGUUUGUUUUCAAAGUGUGAUGUGGAAAGAGCAAUAAAAUAAAAAUAAAUAUCCAGUCUAAACAUAGUAAAGUCUAUAUAAUGCAAAAUAACUAAAAUAACUUACAUUACUAAAUUUCCAAGUUAGAUAUAUAUUAACAUCUGGUAAAUAUACAUAAUAUGUACAAAUAUGCACACAUAUGUGCCUAUAAAAGCAUAAUAUCACUGUACAUGUCAUUAAAAAUGUGCCACUUACUAAAUAGUGUAAGACAGAAAAAUGCGCAUAAAGGAGGCGGAAAUGUAACAAUACAUGCAGUUUGUCCCCCCAUAAAGUCCUUGAAUUAGCUUUUAUGUGAAACUUAGGUGAUAUAAUAAUCCUGAUCACUGUGAUCCCUAAUUUAUGAGCAGCAGAACAAACAUUCUUUGUUCCCCAUUCAUUUAUUCAGUCACUAGUUUACUCCGAUUUAUUCACAAUUGCAGUGUCACUAUUUUAUUUAUUUAUUUAAACGUACGUGGUUAAAUGGAUUGGAUUUUAAUAUGAAAGCCAUGUCUUUACAGAUAAAUCAUUUUAAUUCAUGUAUGGGCUGAGUUUAUAGUGUUGCCAUGUAGUCCCUGUUUAGCAAUGUAAAUAUGCGUUUCCCUGAGUUUUAAUGUUGCAAUUCCACAUACAGAGAGCAACAGUGGGCCCGGAGUUUCUGUGAAAACACGCCCACCGCUUGGGUGAGAAUCAAGGUCAUUCACAAACUCACCGUCAGCUGUGCGCAAUUGUCUGCGCCAGCCAAUGAGAGGAGAGAUGCGGCGCUCCGUAACACCCGCAGCUGUGAUUAGGAAAACCUGUGGAGGCCUGGCUGGAGACGAGCGUGUGAGUUUGAAGGUGAAGUGAGUGGAAGGCGUCGUGCGAGGCAGGAUUUCAUGGAGUAGGCCGCUGGCGUGUUGGUGUUUAUGUUAUGCACCAAAACGACAAGGCCUUUGCGGAACUUUCCCUCAAACGGACUUAAACUCAAACACUGGAGAACUUUUUUUUUAUCCCUCUUUGGUUCGUGCGUAAACCUGGAAACGUAUGAGUAGCUUUAAAACCACUUUGACUUUUUAAAAAUAACUUUCAGUGUGAGACGCGUGCCAGAUUGAAUAGGGUUGUUAAAUCGUUUGGAAGAUGUCUGAGAGGUCGCAGAGUCCGGAGUACCAAAGCAGGCCGUAUGACUUCAGCCGCUCCAACACUUGCGCCCAGCUUCUGGGUCAAGACGUUCUGGGCAACGCUGCGUCAUUCCAACUUUCCCACAGCGUUCUGUCGGACCCGAGCAUCCUCUACAACAAAGCCGCGUAUGGUGCCAUCACAUCGGCCUCCGCGCAGACUAUUUUCCCGUUCCCAGCCAUGACCAGUGACUACAGGGGAUCUGACUUGCAGGCAGGAGAUUUUGGGCAACCAAAGCACUGGUAUGCCUUCGCCGCACCCGAGUACACUGGCCAGGUACCCGGCGUGACGGCAGUGACCCAGCCCACAAACCUCAGCCCCCCUAUAGCCGAGACCCGGGAGCAAAUCAAACACCCCGAAAUUAAGACGGAGAAGGACACCGGGGAUGACUACUCAACGGAGAUAAAGGCUCAACACUACCCGACCCCGCCAACCUCCGCCGCGAUGCCCCACGGAGUCUUCUACCCCGCGGCGUGGAACCCGUCCUUCUGGCCUGGGAUCGCGCACAUCACCCCGCCUGGCAGCAAUAACCCAAACCCCUCAACGUCUUCCGCAUCCUCCCCGUCUAUGUCCCCGUCGCCCCCGAGCAACGGUCUACCAGGAAACGCGUUUUUCAGCGUGAGCGCUACUCAGGCGGCCCCGGGGCCCCAAGCGCCGAACGUGGCCUCCUCCACGCGCAGCAGCGGCUCCUCCAGCGGCGGGUGCAGCGACUCUGAGGAGGAGAACCUGUCCACAGAGGAACUGGAGCAGUUUGCUAAGGAACUGAAACACAAGCGCAUCACGUUGGGUUUCACUCAAGCUGAUGUUGGCCUUGCCCUGGGGAACCUUUAUGGCAAGAUGUUCAGCCAGACAACGAUUUGCCGCUUCGAGGCUCUACAACUCAGCUUUAAGAACAUGUGCAAGCUCAAACCUCUUCUGCAGAGAUGGCUGAAUGAAGCCGAGACCUCGGAGAAUCCCCAGGAUAUGUACAAGAUCGAGAGAGUAUUUGUUGACACCAGAAAGAGGAAGCGGAGGACCAGCCUAGAGGGCGCCGUGCGCUCUGCUCUGGAGUCUUACUUUAUCAAGUGUCCCAAACCCAACACCCAGGAGAUCACACAGAUUUCAGAUGACUUGGGCUUGGAGAGAGACGUGGUACGUGUUUGGUUCUGCAACCGAAGACAGAAAGGAAAGCGACUGGCUUUGCCGCUGGAUGAAGAGUGCGAGUAUUACGAGCAAAGCCCGUCCCCACUGAACAUGGUCCCAUCCCCCAUUCCCAGCCAGAGCUACCCUGUUUCCUCCUACCCUGGAGCCCCUCCUCCCCCACUGUACAUGCCCCAACUUCACCGGCCUGACGUCCUGAAACAAGCCCUUCACCCAGGACUUGUUAGUCACAUGACAGGAUAAACAUGUUCAAAGUCCUGGCCAAAUCCACAGACUACCCCCCCAAACUCCUCUUUCAGCCCCAACUCAAGAUGAAGACGGAGGUCUCUUGUUGACAGGAGUCACAUCAUCCCAACGGGGACCUGAAACUCCACAUCAAAGUGAUUUGACUUCAACAUUUUUGGACUUCUUGUUAAAUGUGCCUCUUUUUUUGGAUUAAGCAGAUUAAAUUAUUCCAUAGGCUUUAAUAGUUGCGUUUUCUUCUUACCCUAUAGUCCAGUUCCAGAGUGACGAUGUAAAUACCGGCAGGGCUAAAGAACCAGGGUUAUCUCCUCCACUUAAACUAAAUCCUAGGUUUUCUGUGGUGUAGAUGAAGUGUGAAUCUGGGUUAAUGGGGGAUUUUUAAAAAAAUAAGUGAGUGGUUCUUUUUAAAUGCAAAAUUCCUCUCUAUAGUAUGAAAAUGUUGUCCAUCUGUAAAAAGCAGCUAGAUUAUUGGUCUAAAAUAUCUUCCAUUGAAAUGGAAAACAUAGAAUCUUUUUAUGGUGAAUUUUUCCUUGAAUUUUGCACAAAGUGGCUUUUGUAAUGUUGAAUAUUUUCUUCUUUCUCUUUUUUUCCGUGUUUGUGUAUCAAACCCAAAUUUUUCCUGACCAAACAUAUGUAGGAGCAAUCAGUGAUGUUAGGUGUACCAAACUGAAUCAAAAGCAACAUUAAGGGAGUGUGAAGAAAGUUUUCUUGGUGUCUUAGCUGCUAAAUCUGCCAUUUGCACACGGUCAGUGUAUUUUUUUUCUCAGUGUCUCUUGUGACUGGCGGCGAGAAACGUCUGGCCAGACUUUGAUCGGCUGUUCUCAAGGUGAUAAAAUGUGUCCGUGUACCAGAUUGUGUAAAGAUGUUCUAUGUUGUCGGAAUAACUAAAUCAAAUGUUCACUGAAAGUUGCUUUCUAGUCAAUGAGACUUUUUUUCAGAAAUGGACAUUAAAUGUCUCGAUACCUCA